UUGGCCCCAUCGCUGUUCCUUCCCCUCCGGUCUCGCGAGAGUCCCGCGCGUGGGGACGAGGAGCGCGAGCUUAGCUCAGCUGCAUGAAAUAUGGGAGACGACAGGCCGUUUGUGUGCAAUGCCCCCGGCUGUGGACAGAGGUUUACAAACGAGGACCACCUGGCAGUUCAUAAACACAAGCAUGAGAUGACAUUGAAAUUCGGCCCAGCUCGCACCGACUCGGUCAUCAUCGCAGAUCAAACCCCGACCCCAACUCGCUUCUUGAAGAACUGUGAAGAAGUGGGACUCUUCAAUGAGCUGGCCAGCUCCUUUGAGCACGAGUUCAAGAGAGCAGCAGAGGAUGAUGAGAAAAAGAGCUCUGGAGCCUUGGACAUGUCUCUACCCUCCACCCCAGACGUUAAGAUAAAGGAGGAAGAGCCAGUGGAGGUUGAUUCUUCCCCACCAGACAGCCCUGUGUCCAAGCCACAGUCUCCACAGAGCAAGGAGAAGGAGAUCACCUCCAAGCCUGUCAUCAUCUCUACACCUACUCCAACCAUCGUGCGUCCCGGCUCGCUGCCGCUGCACCUGAGUUACGACCCUCUGCACCCCACUCUGCCUUCCCCAACCUCUGUCAUCACCCAGGCUCCUCCUUCCAACAGACAGCUUGGCUCUCCCACUGGUUCCCUUCCUCUUGUCGUGCAACUUGCCAAUGGCCAGACCAUGCCUGUGCUCCCAGGGCCUCCUGUACAGAUGCCUUCUGUGAUAUCGCUGGCCCGCCCCAUGGCCAUGGUGCCCAACAUUCCUGGCAUCCCUGGGCCACCCAUCAACACCAGUGGGUCCAUUUCACCCUCAGGACUCCCAGUGCACUCAGAAGCCAAAAUGAGGCUGAAGGCCAGCUUGACAGCAUCAUCCUCACUGAAUGGCAGCAACCUGGUGGUGGGCUCAGCCAGCACCAUGGUGACAGCACGGCCGGAGCAGAGUCAGAUCCUUGUCCAGCACCCUGAUGCCCCUUCCCCAGCUCAGCCACAGGUUUCCCCUGCCCAGCCCACCCCCAGCACUGGUGGGCGCCGCAGACGAACCGUGGACGAGGAUCCCGACGAGCGGCGUCAGCGGUUCCUGGAGAGGAACCGAGCGGCUGCCUCACGCUGCCGGCAGAAACGCAAGCUCUGGGUGUCCUCCUUGGAGAAGAAAGCUGAGGAGCUCACCACCCAGAACAUCCAGCUGAGCAAUGAAGUGACCCUGCUGAGGAACGAGGUGGCUCAGCUGAAGCAGCUGCUGCUGGCUCACAAGGACUGUCCUGUCACUGCACUACAGAAGAAGACACAGGGUUAUCUUGGCCCCAGAACAACCCCGUCCCUGACCCUGCAGCUGGCUUUGGGUCCCAUCCUUCCCCACUUGCUCCCCUCACACGUGCUGAGCUCCCUGCAGGAACCUCCCAGCCCAGGAUCCACGUGGAGGGAAGAUCCCAGCACCGAGGACUCAGGUUUGUGGGGGUGAGGCUCAGGCUGCUGGUGCCACCCUCAGGGAGAAGCUGCUGCCUCCCAGCCUCAGCAGGGCACAGCUCAGGGGAGGGUUUCUCAGGGCAUGAAGCACUUGGGUUGUUCCAGCCUCACUCCCAUCCCUCUCCUUCCAUCCUCCAGCUCCAGGCGAGGCCGGGCAGCCUCCAUCACCCACAAACAACCCCUUGGCUUCAAACCACACAGACACCAAACUCCAAACCCCUCCAAUUCCUCCACCAACCUCUCUCUAACCUUGUUGCUUCUUGUCUCCCCU